UAUUUGAACGAAUGGAAAUCGUGUGGGCAUGGGUGCUGUAUACCGGACAACAUCCCAGUAAAAUCACCUGGUGUUUGUUAAUUAAUCAUUGAAUCAACAAUUUUGCCCUUUUACAAUGGGAAUUCUACGAGUAUUUAAGGGACACAUAAGUCCCAAUCGAUUGCUGCAGCUGUCAGGAAUCCUGAACCAAAAAAAUAGAUUUAUGGCAUCGUACGAGAAAUACGCAGUUCACAAAGACAUAGAAAAAAUCAGAAAUAUAGGAAUAUCAGCUCACAUAGACUCUGGAAAAACGACAUUGACUGAACGUAUUCUGUACUACACCGGUAGGAUUGAUCAGAUGCAUGAAGUCAAGGGGAAGGACAACGUUGGAGCAGUGAUGGACAGCAUGGAGUUGGAGAGACAGCGAGGAAUAACGAUUCAAUCAGCAGCAACGUACACAGUUUGGAAAGAUCACAACAUAAAUAUAAUCGACACUCCAGGACACGUGGACUUCACAGUGGAAGUGGAGAGAGCCUUGAGGGUUCUGGACGGUGCCAUCUUGGUUCUAUGUGCUGUCGGAGGGGUCCAGUCCCAGACCCUGACUGUCAACAGACAGAUGAAGCGAUACAACGUCCCCUGUCUGGCGUUCAUAAACAAACUGGAUCGAAUGGGGUCGAACCCCAAGAAAGUUCUCCACCAGAUGAGGACGAAAAUGGGUCACAACGCAGCCUUCAUCCAGCUGCCAAUUGGACUGGAGUCAGAGACCAAAGGGAUCAUCGAUGUGAUCAGCCAGAAGGCCUUAUUCUUCGAAGGACAAUACGGCGAGGUCGUCACACAGGGGGAAAUCCCCCAGGACAUGAAAGACGAGGCACUCUCGAAGAGACAAGAAUUGAUAGAGCACCUGAGCAAUGUUGACGAGACCCUUGGAGAAUUAUUCCUGAGUGAGAGCACUCCAACAGAGCAAGACAUCAAAGAUGCUGUCAGACGCACCUGCCUGAAACGCACCUUCACUCCAGUCCUCGUUGGAACAGCUCUGAAGAACAAGGGUGUCCAGCCCCUGCUGGAUGCAGUCCUGGAUUACCUGCCAAACCCUGGGGAAGUUACUAAUUACGCCCUCAGGGAGAAGGGCAACGCAAAACCCGAGAAGGUUCUCCUGGAUCCAGCUAGAGACGGCAAAAAGUCUUUUCUGGGACUAGCCUUCAAGCUUGAGCUCGGGAAAUUUGGACAGCUGACGUACUUCAGGUGUUACCAAGGAAAACUGGAAAAGGGAGAGUCCAUUUACAAUACGAGAAGCAGGAAGAAGAUCAGAAUAGCUAGACUGGUGAGACUUCACUCCAAUCAAAUGGAGGACGUCAACGCAAUUUAUGCUGGUGAUAUUUUCGCUUUAUUCGGAGUGGACUGCGCCUCUGGAGAUACCUUCGUAGAUAAUUCAAAAUUGGACCUGUCAAUGGAGUCCAUUUUUGUCCCUGAUCCUGUCAUUUCCAUGUCGAUAAACCCGAAGAACAGCAAAGACAGGGACAACUUUGCUAAGGGCAUUGCCAGGUUCACCAAGGAGGAUCCUACCUUUCGAUUCUUCUGGGAUGACGAUAAUAAAGAGAGCAUUGUGUCUGGAAUGGGAGAGCUUCACCUGGAAAUUUACGCCCAACGACUGGAACGAGAAUACAACUGUCCAGUUAUUCUAGGAAAGCCCAAGGUCUCCUUCAGGGAGACCCUGAUCGAUCCUUGCGAGUUUAAUUACCUCCAUAAGAAGCAGUCAGGCGGUGCAGGACAGUUCGCCAGGGUCAUGGGGACCAUGGAGCCUCUUCCUCCUCAGCAGAAUACUCAGAUCAUCUUCGUGGACGAAACUGUGGGAACAAAUGUGCCGAAGGUCUAUGUUCCUGGAGUUGAAAAGGGGUUCAAGUUUAUGUGCAAUAAGGGACUGCUGACUGGGCACAAGAUCACUGGUGUCAAGUUCAGGCUGGUUGAUGGUGCUCAUCACAUCGUGGACUCCUCGGAGUAUGCUUUCCAACUUGCUGGACAAGGGGCUGUGAGGGAGGUAUUCGAGACUGGAAACUGGACGGUUCUGGAGCCAAUCAUGUACGUUGAGAUCACUGUUCCUGAGGAGUUCCAGGGGACUGUCAUGGGACACAUGACCAAAAGGAAAGGAUUGAUCACUGGGAGUGAUACUAAUGAUGGCUGGAUUACGCUGUAUGCUGAGGUGCCUUUAAAUGAAAUGUUCGGAUACUCAGGAGAUUUGAGGUCGUCGACGCAGGGGAAGGGAGAGUUUACAAUGGAGUACAGCAGGUACAGUCCCUGCUUGCCAGAGGUCGUUGACAAACUCGUGAGGGAGUAUCAAGAGUCUAUGGGGCAGGGUCAACCACAAAAGAAGAAGAAUUCGUCGUGAAUGAGGGAUUAAAUGGGGGUUCAUGUCAUUUAAUCCUAGAAAAUUGGCUCUGGAAUAAUUAAAAAAAAUCUAGAGCUCGUCCUGGUGAUAACGACCUCGAAAAAAGCCCUUAACUUUUAAUUAAUCGUGUGGUAGAAAGUGUAAGACUUGGUUCAAUAAAUUGUACAUAUUUGCGAA